AUGGAGGAUCAGACAGCCGAAAUCAACGAACUCUUUGCAUUACCAAACACAAGCCUCGAACGCGAUGUCUUGGGCGAGCUCCAGUCCAUCCUGCGAAUCCACUCGCUCAGCCCUCAGGAAAUGUUCUUCAAAUGGGAAGCGUACAGCUUGAAGAUGGGCCCGGAUACCCAGAUGAACUACAAGACGGCCAGAGAGUUCAAAAAGGAUCUUCAGGAUGCGCUGGAAAGAGAGUCGAGGGGCAAGGCACACAUGCAGAGCGCUCAGAAGAGAAGCACCAAUGGCACUCCGAGGAAUGCCAACACUGGCGAUGUCUUUGGCGUGUAUGUCCAUCUGGCGUACCGAAAGUGGACUUCAUACUAA